AGUGACUAUAAAUGCAAGAUGCAACUAAAUACCUCAUUUCACUUCAGAUUUUUUUUGGACCCCACACAAUUUGAAGAACAUUCUACACAAUGAAAAUCUAUAUCGUUUUGGUAUUAGUUGCUAUUACAUCAGCUUCAGAAGAAUGGAAACAUAAAACUCUUGAUGAAUGGCAUGAAAUUGAAGAAAAAUGCAAACAAGAACACAAAAUAUCACCAGAAAUUGAAGUAAAAGUUAACACUGAGAAAUAUAUACCGAAAGAAGCAUUCGAAUUGAGUCUCUGUUUCUUACGUGGUGUUGGACUUUGGACUGAUUCAAAGGGAUUUUCGGUCGAUGGACUGAUGUAUCUGGUUGAAAGUGUUCCAACUGUUGAAACUUUAAAUAUAGACUCGCUACGUGAUCAGUUAAAGAAAUGCAUCGAUAUCGAUAGCAAUAGUAAAGGAGACACUCCAUUAGAUAGGGCAUAUAGUUGUUAUAAAUGCUUCAGAGAUAAUGAGGAUUUAUACAAGACCUUGAGAAAAGCUAAAUUAUACGAAGAACCAAAACAUUUAGAUAAAUAAAGCUGAAUUUUUUUGGUGUGCAAA